AUGCAGCACACGUCGGCAAGCCCCGCGACUAUUCCACAAGCGUCGCCGCGCCCUGCGCACUCCUUGGCCGUGAUAGAGGAGCUCCUGCGUGAGAACACAACUCUCAAGGCGCGCCUCCAGCUGUCGGAUGAGCAGCGCGUAACACAGGAAGUCCUGCGGGAGCAGCUCCACCGCUUCUUCGAGUGUGUCGCGGCGCACGAGCAGGCUAGUCAGAAGGUGCUAACAGACCAGUGGCAGGAUGACGGGGAGAAGAGCAACGCGCCAGAUGACGGCGCCGGGGUAGCCCGCCCGUCUUUUAUGAACGCCGCCGUGUCAGAAGUCCUGCGCCGCAUGCAGGAGGAGAAGCGGCAAGCCGAGGCGGCCCUCGCGCAGCUGCAGAGCGACACGGUGGCACCCCUGCACGCGCAGCUGGAGGCAAUGGAGAAGGAGAAGCAGCAGCUCGUGGCGCGGGUAGCGGAGCUGGAGAUGUCCAUGUCGAGCACGCCCGCCCCGCCCCUGAUGGCUGAGCUGAGGCAGCUGAGGGAAACCGAAGCACUGCUGCGACAGCAGUUGCAGGAGUGCCAAGCGUCCACCGCCGCCACCGUCGGCACAUUUCUGUCCACCGUGGAAAAUAGUCUUCUCGCUGCUCGGCAGGUUCCGGAGCUAAUCCACGCGAUGGAGACCAUCAAGGAAAAUGUCCGCACCAACCAGACAAUGCAGGCAGCCCAACGGGUGCUUCUUGAGGAGAUGGAGCGCCGACAUGCCAUCGAGCACGAAAUCGAAGAGACGUACCGAAGGGAGGAGGCGAAAGUGCUGAGAGAGCGCAUCGCCAGCCUCGAAGAUGAAGUGAGCGCUGCCGCGGAACGUGAGGAAGCUUUCGCGUCGGAGCGGGGGGGCAUGGAAGCACAACUGGCCGCCGCGCAGGACGCGAUUCGCCAGCUCACACAGCAGCACAGCGAGGAGCAGGUAGCCUUAGCUCAGAAGCGCCAGCGAGCCGAGCAGGACGCGAGCAGCAACCCGACGUCGAUCCGUGGCGAGCUGACCAAGUUCUGGUACGAAGGCCGUGACCGCAUCCGCGAGCUGGAACGGCAGUUGCAGACGAUGCACACGGCAGAGGCCAACCUGCGCGUCUCGCAGGGCCGUGUGGCACAGCUCGAGCAGCGCAAGGCGGCCUUGCUCGGCAAUCUUGCCGCUCUCGCCGCGGAGGUAGAUCGCCGGCGCGAGGAGGAGAAGAAGCUGCGUGCUCAGUGCGCCGGCGUCGAGGCGGAGCGGGAUCGGCUGCUGAUAAGCGUCGCGAAGAUCACCGGCUCACAUAUCUCGGAGACGGAGCUGCGGGACUGCUGCAGAACUAUCCGGGAGGCCGCGACACGGGUUGCGGCUGCGAGCGCCACUGUCGUAGCCGACCCACAGGCCAUUGAGGAGGCGCUGCGCCGUGCACAGAAGCUGAAGAGCGAGGUGGCACAGCUUCAGCGGCAGAAGGACCAGCUUCAGCGCUUCCUCGAGCUUCAUGAGGAUCGUGUGCAGGCACUGCUGGAGCAGGAGGCGUUCCUGCAAGUGCGAGACUCGAAGGGCGGGCCUGCUACGGCCACCUCUCCGGAGAUGGGCAGCAACACAUCGAUCAAGGGAGCACCGGAGGCGGCGAGUGCGACUGCCUUUUCGCUGCCGCAGUUUCUCGAGCACAUCCGGCAAGGCGCCAACGAUGUCUUUCUCCAGAACGAGGAUGCCGCCGUGCGUGCCGUGAGGCCCGGUGGAAAGCGGGGCUCCAACAGACACGCCAACGCCAGCGGCGAGGUCAGCCAUGACAGCUCCGUGACACCGCACCGCGACUCCUUCUUGUCGCUGCACCAGCAGUUUGUCCAGAGUCAAGAGAGGCUGCUCGCCUCGCACCGUGACCUGCUUGAGGCGCGUAAUGAGAACCGACGUAUACAGGCUGAGCUGGACAGCACACGCAGCGAGCAUGCGGCAGCUGCGGCGACAGAGGAGAAGGCGCGCCGCUCCAUGGAGGCGGCCAACACGGCGCUCACGCACCGCACGACGAGCCUCACAAACGAACUGCAGGAGCUACAGCGUCACUACACCUCCGCGGUGACGAUGGUGCGCACCACGUUGGAGGGUCUGUCCAACGUGCUGCAGCUCUACCACCAGUCGGAGCUGCACGCGGAGAAGCUGCGCGAGAUGGUGCAGCAGGAGCGGCGGGACAUGAGUGACAUGCUACGGCGCGAGGCGGCGUCUUGGAGCGUCGGCACGGGCACUGACAGUCACACGAAUGCACAAGAGGCUCAGCACUCGGCUGCGGCCGAGAGAAUCACGGCGGCGCUGCGGGACAUGGGGGCGUACAUCGCCGAGGCGGUGGCCGAGACCACCCGGCAGGCGACUCAGGACCAGACCAGCUACAUUGGGAAGCUCGUCAAGGCUAUUCAGCAGCAGGAGGAACGGGUGCAGGCGGCCAAGGCAGCCUUCGAGGCCUCGGCGCAGGCGCAGGCGAGCAGCCUGGCCGAGCGUAUCAGCGCUGCGCAGCAGCAAUGGGAGUCGGAGUGGAAGGUCAAGUAUCAAGCCAUGGAGGCGGAGCGGGUGCAGAGCGUCAUGCAGCAGCACGCGAGCGUCGUUCUCCAGCGCGCACUGGAGCAGGCUGUAACGACGCCAGCAGCAGCAUCGUCUGCGGCGUCGCCGAACAGCACGGCGUCGGCGCCUCCGGAGGUGGAGGAGUCAACGGUGCAUAUGACCGACACCCUGCAGGUGAUUCGAAGCUUUUUGGCGCAGGCCCGCCAGCGUCAAGCGCAGCAGCAGCAGCAGCAGCAGCAGCUACAGCAACAAGAGAAGCAGACCGUCUCGGCACCAACCUCAUCUGCAGCCGUGCAGACGGCGGCAGCCGCUACGUCGGUCGCCCCGGCCGGUGCACCGGCACCACCCGCCUCAACGGCUAUCUCGCUUCCCACUGACGCUCAGCCACCUCAGUCGUUGACUCCUCCAUCGAUCAUUGCAACCGCCAAGAUACCCAACGCGGGUGCAGAGCUAAGCACGGCUUCUUCGUCUAUGGCGAAGGAGAACGACGGGGCGGAUACAAGCACCUCUUUCCCUCAGCUGCACAGCGCCCCUGCAGUUUCAGCGCCAACGACAGACUCUACUGCGCUCGCCGCCGAGCAUGCGCCUCGCGAGGCGCCAGCAGAGAACGAAGAGGCGGAGACAUCCACACAGGAAGCGGAGAUUUCCGGCGACUCAGGCCCCUCUGCGCCAUCGGACGAAGAGCAUCCACCCUCGCAUCCUGCUACUCCAGAUGCGCAGCUUGACGAGACGGAUGUGCAGGCAGAGCCGCAAGAAUCGAUGGGGGAUGCGACUGCAGGUGCCUCACAGCGGGGCGCUGAGGAGGAGAACGAAGAGGCGUUGCCCAGCCCACCUUCCUCGCUGCCGGAGGAGGGCGAUGAUCCGGAACGGAAGACUUCCGAAGAGGAUGCGUGA